AUGGUUUUCGAGAACACAAACAUGGGGUGCCGCGGGAAUAUUCGAAAUUUUGCAGAACCAUCCUCGAUUAUAACUGUCAUAGAGGAUUUUUGUUUUUGCAGUUUUAUGGUAGACGAUCAAGAAAUCCCUGAUGACUUCUUUCUUCACACUGACAACCUGUCGACAGUCUUUAUCGAUCAGUCUUUUUUGCUAUCGGAAUUAACAAAGGAUAAUGUAAUUGAAUAUUUCAAAAGUUCGCCGUUUUAUACCGAUUCUGUCAAUUUUCGGUAUGAGGUGGAGCAGUUGGACGAUCAAACUGACGGGAAUGCAUUCUUUAAAAUUAUCAAGUAUUUUACACACCAGAGCGACGAAAAGGGGGAUGUUGAGAAAGUAGUUGCUGUAUACUAUGUUCUUAACGGUGAAAUUUAUCAGUGCCCGGAUCUCUACUCUGUGGCGAAAUUCCGUCUUUAUAACUGCAUUGAGGCGCUAAAUCGUGUCUACAGCGAACUUAGGAAGUAUGUUGGGUACUCACCUUCCCAGGGACAUGUUAUCCAAAUGACAAAGGUUGUGAAAGAGAAAACGGAGGACACAGAAGGGUCUCUUGUUUGCAAUGUGACUCCUUUGAUCGGAGAGGCCCGAAUUCGAAACAACAUCAUUGAUAAUCAAGCGCGCUUGGAAGCAAUGAUUCGCCAAAUGGAGCAGCAUUUUAUCCCUCAAGCAAUGGAGGUGGAGCCAGCUCCAAAGGUAUCGGGAGAAUCAGAGCCCCAGGGUGAUGAGCAUUCCAAAGUUGGUGAGAAGUCAGAAUAA